AACCCUUACACCCAACAACAACAACAUCUGGUGUGACUUACCAACCUUUACACCCAACAACAACAACACCAUGACUACUCUGCUUCAAUUAUUAUCAGGAAGGAGGAAUAUUAUGAGAGCGACAAGAAUUAUAAGUAAGACAGCUGAGUAUAUGAGGAGGCAGUCAGGCAGCUGUACUCAGCUUCCUGCACUCACUCAGUUAUACCGGCAGAAGUCUCCAUUCUGUAUGUGUCAUACUGUUGGGUCAUCCUUAAAAAGCCACACCUGUGGUGAACUUCGAGCACACCAUGUUGGACAGAAAGUUAAGCUCCGUGGCUUCCUGCAGUAUCAGCGGAUGGGAAAGUUUGCUGUUCUUCGUGAUGCUUUUGGGAAAACACAAGUGCUUAUUAAUGAUGAGGACACCAGUCUCGUCAAACUACUCAGCAGCACUACGUUCGAGUCAAUGUGGAGGUGAUGGGGAUUGUUUGUCACAGACCUGAUAGUCAGUUAAAAAG